AUGAACAUGGCAGCCUAUGUAGCCAUAAUAGGAACAAAGGACAAUCCGGUGUACGAAUUGGAGAUGGCAGGAGGAAAUGAUAAGCAAGGCAAGAGCUUGGGUGCGCACUUGAAUCAAUUUAUAGUGCAUGCAAGUUUAGACAUUGUAGAACAAGUUCAAUGGACUAGUAAUGCAUUUUAUGUCAGGUCUAUUGACCAAUUUCAUGAGUUGUACGUUUCCGCCUAUAUUACUCCGUCCAAUAUGAAGUUUAUGCUUCUUCAUCACGCACAAAGCUCUGAUGGUAUAAAAACCUUUUUUCAAGAAAUUCAUGAGCUAUAUAUCAAGACGAUUAUGAAUCCUUUCUAUCAACCUAAUGAACCCAUCAAGUCACAAGCCUUUGACUUGAAAGUUCGGUCGCUCGCCCGAAAGCUCCUGUAA